AUGUCAAUUGAAAUUCUAUCAGAAGAAAAUUCAUAUUAUAAGGUUAAUAUUCAUAUUCCAUUGAGAUCAUACAUUAUAAAGAAAAGAUAUUCUGAUUUUGAAACUUUGGUUAAUAAUUUAUGUUAUGAUUUAGGUAUAGAUGUUAAAGAAUUUCCACAUCAGUUACCUGGUAAAAGAUUAAAUUUUAUAAAUAAAAAUAAGAUUAUUGAAGAGAGGAAAGUUGAGUUAACUAAAUUUCUAAAUAAUUUAAUUCAAGAUAAAGAAUUACAAAAUCAUUUGCUAGUUAAAGAAUUUCUACAACUACCUAAUAACUUUCAAUUUAAAACUGAUUCAUGGUAUCCGAAAUUUAAAAAAUUAAAAAUUGAAUUAACUAAUGAAACAAGUAAAGGAUUAACACUACGAGAAAAGAUUAAUAAAUUUUAUCAACCUCAAUUAAUUGAAUUAUUGUGUGAUGAUGAUAAAGAAAAGAAAAAAUUACUACAACAAUUACAGAAUAAAUUAGAUGAUUUGAUAAAACCUGAAAUCCAGUUGAAACCAAGUGGAAGAGUUAUUGGUAAAGAAACUGAGUUAACUAUACCAUUAACUAAUACAGAGUUAUUACAAGAACAAAUUAAUAUCCAUCAAUCACAAGAUCAAGAAGUUGAACAACUACGGGUUUUAAUUUCAAGACAACGUCAAAUUGCAGAAUUAAUAAAUACUGAAGUUGAAGAACAAAAUGUUUUACUAGACCAAUUUAAUGAAGAAGUGGAUCAAACUAGUGAUAAAGUUAAAAAGGCAAGAACAAGAGCUAGGAAAAUUUUAUAA